AGAUGAAUGUGUAAAAAACUCGACCCGAGAGUUGACCGAAGAGGUUAAAAUCCAGGUCGCAUCAGAUCUGCCACCGCUCGACCAAUCAUGAGCCACACAAGGGAGAUGAAAGCAGUCCGCUGUCCAACGGACCAGCUUUCCCUGACCAACAGAGCAGUGGUAUCUGACAAAGAUGCUUUCGCACGGAUUGAUUAUGUUCAGGUCCAAGCAGUUCCGGGGCCAAGCUAUGUCUUUGCUACAGUAGCACAUCCAGAUUUAAAGAGUGGAGAAAUGGGUUUCAGUCUUCCCCAGAGAAAAUGGGCCAGAAUAUCAAUAGACCAACCUAUCCAAGCUGCCCCAUACAGAUUUGAUCCCAGCUGUCAGUACCUGAGUUCUAUCACAGUGGAAGUUGACUUCUUGCAAAAGAAAAACACCACAAAUGAUGCUUUUGACUCGGACAAGAUGGCCAAAGAUUUCUUAGAGUCAUUUGACCGUGUGGCGUUCUCAGUGGAGCAGCAGCUGGUCUGCUCAUUCUAUAACAAGAAGCUGAUGGGACUAGUGGUCAAAUCUGUGGAAAUUCUUGAUCCAGCAAUCCUAAAGGGAGGGAAGCCUUCAGCUAAAAGAAAUAGGGACGUAAGGAUUGGUGUCCUGACCCAGAACACACAGGUCACAUUUGAGAAGGCAGAAGGAUCUGCGCUCAACCUCACUGGCAGAUCAAAGGGUCAAUCAGGGAAUCAAUCAAUCAUCAACCCUGACUGGGAUUUCAAGAAGAUGGGCAUUGGUGGUUUAGAUAAGGAAUUUUCAGAUAUCUUCAGGAGAGCAUUUGCUUCCAGAGUAUUUCCACAAGAGUUUGUGGAACAAAUAGGUGCUCAGCACGUGAAAGGUAUAUUACUCUUUGGACCACCAGGUACCGGUAAGACUCUGAUGGCGAGAACUAUUGGUAAGAUGUUGAACUCAAGGGAACCUCAGAUCAUCAACGGACCUGAGAUCCUGAACAAGUUUGUAGGAGAGUCGGAGGCCAACAUCAGAAAGCUCUUUGCAGCUGCAGAAGAUGAACAGAAGAAAAUGGGGAAUAACAGUGGUCUACACAUAAUCAUCUUUGAUGAAAUUGAUGCCAUAUGUAAGCAGAGAGGAUCAAUGUCUGGAAGCACCGGUGUACAUGAUACUGUAGUCAACCAACUCCUCUCCAAGAUCGAUGGUGUAGAACAACUCAAUAAUGUUCUUCUCAUUGGUAUGACAAACAGGAAAGAUCUGAUAGAUGACGCCUUACUUAGGCCUGGAAGACUGGAGGUGCAAAUGGAGAUUGGCUUGCCAGACGAGGCAGGGCGGCUCCAAAUCAUAGAGAUCUAUCUUGCCAAGAUGAAAGAAAAUGGCAAGCUGAGUAAAGAUGUGGACCCUAUGGAGCUUUCUACGCUGACUAAGAAUUACAGCGGUGCUGAGAUUGCAGGGUUGGUGAGGGCGGCCCAGUCCAUGGCUAUGAACAGCCUCAUUACAGCAUCUUCUAAAGUUGAGGUGGAUUAUGAGAAGGUCGAGAAGAUGCAGGUUUCCAGAGAGCACUUCAUGCAUGCCAUGGAUACAGACAUCAAACCAGCUUUUGGUGUAAGCAGUGAGAACUUUGACAAGUUCAUCUUGAACGGCAUCAUAGACUGGGGAGAACCGGUUCAGAGGGUGUUGGCGGAUGGAGAGUUGGUGGUCAAGCAGACCAAGGCCAGUGACCGGGUACCACUGGCCAGUAUGCUCAUGGGAGGACGAAGCGGUAGUGGAAAGACAGCUUUAGCAGCCAAGCUUGCGUUGGAGUCUGGCUUCCCCUUCAUCAAAAUCUGCUCAGCUGAAGACAUGGUUGGAUUUUCAGAAUCAGCUAAAUGUCAAGCCAUUAAGAAAAUCUUUGAAGAUGCAUACAAGUCUCAGGUCAGCUGUGUGGUGGUCGAUGACAUCGAGAGACUGCUGGAUUAUGUUCCCAUUGGUCCUCGCUUCUCAAAUUUAGUACUACAAGCUCUCCUUGUACUUCUGAAGAAAGCCCCACCUAAGGGGCGCAAACUGCUUAUCAUCGGAACCACCAGCGCCCAUGACGUCCUUGAAGAGAUGAAGAUGACGGAUAUCUUUAAUACCUACGUCAGAGUAAACAGUCUAUCAACAAGUGAACACAUCGUCAAAGUACUGGAGGAGCUGAAAAUCUUUACCCCCGAGGAGAGGGAGCGAAUCAGGACCAAGACCCAGGGCAAGUCCCUCCUGAUCGGAAUCAAGAAGCUCUUGGUCCUGUUGGAGAUGGUGAGACAGACAGAGCCGUCUUACAGAGUACCGAAGUUCCUUUCGCUGAUGGAGGAGGAAGGGGGGUUGGAGUUGUCAUAAAGAAUCAUUCCAGUAGAAAAUUCUUUCAUGUCAACAUUUGCAGUC